GAAAUUUUGACAUAUUCGUAUUUUUUAGGUUACCGCGAGGCUGUCAACAAUUAAAACAGAUUUAUUGUUUUUUUUUAAUUCAAAAACCUUUAAUUCCAAAUUGAGUGUAAUAUGGACAGUUCACAAGCUGCGGAUAUGUUUACUGAGUCAUUACAGAGAGGCGAAGUAGAAUUAUUAAAGGAAGCGAAAACUUCGAUCCCUUGGCAAGAAAUUUAUAAGCUAGAAGACGCAUUACAGCAAUGCCAAAUAAGUAAUAGGAACUUGGCUUUUACCGUAAAAGAAAAAAUAUCUCAAGAAAGUUGUUCUAUUAGAGCCGAAUUUGUAACAGUACGAGACGAAUAUGAAAGAUUAAUAUCACAAGUGGAAAAGAGACGAAAAACGCUAGAAGACCUAAAAGAAAAGACCCUCGAAGAAAAUGCCAGAAGAGAUCGACAAGCCCGACACAAACUAAACCAAAUAGCCGAAACAGAAAUAAUAAAAAUGAACGAAAUUAAAAAGAAAAUCGAAAAAAGAAAAUGGGAACACGACAAGAAAAUGGAAGAACUAAGCCAAGCUUUAGAAUUGACCCAGGCAGCCAUAGAUCUGGAACGCGACGAAGUCGAAACGUCCCUACGUAAAGAACUUGUGGAUAUUAACAUGCAAAUAUGGCGACAAAUGAAUCGAAAUUUCGAUCUACAAGCCACCAUCGAUGGCUUAAAAACAAAAAAACAGCUUCUGUCUCAAGUUCAACCUCAGCCACCAACUGAUUCUGACGUAUUAAACUUUUUCCAACUUGAUACUUUGGAUGAUAUAUUUGAACAACCUAAGGACGAGUGGUCGUAUGGAAAAUCGAAUCACGGAACUCUUAAACUUACAUCAUCAGCAUACAGGCAACAAAACCACUCUCAAGUUGAGAAGAGGAUGCCAGUUCAGCAAAAAGAUGCAUCAGGCGCAAAAAUAAGGGAAAUGAUAAGUGGCCAUCAAAAUACCAAUUUGAAAAUUAGGCAAGAGUUGCAAAAAACAUCGGGAGAUAACAGCCAAAAAUAUUUAUCAAUAUCAAAUAAGCAACAGGUCGGAACACCUUCGAAGCCAGUAGAAUUGGAAACAUCCCAACGAAAGAGAGCGAUGAAUCAGUCUUCAGGCAAUCAUAAUGAACUUAAUUUAGUAAAUUAUCCAAUUAGUUCAGAAACUAGAGGAGCAGAAUUUCGAUAUCAAGAAAUUAAUUCGAUCGCAGGAAGUAAUGUUGUUCAAGGAAGAAAGAUUGAGCCAAAUAGAGCAGUACACCCCAAGAAAUCUUCAUCGGGCCUCAAUACUAUUUCAAUAGCUUCUCCUUCCACGGGCUCCACUGAAAAUACAAAUAAAAGCAUAAAGAAAUCAACAUCUAGUGAAAGCCAAGAGAAACUUGAUAUUUUACGAACGAAAUAUUCAAUCUCCACUUCUAAAUCUCCCAGUGAAGAGCGACAGAAGCUACAGGCCUCGCAAACAAAAUGCCCAUAUCCCACUUUCGAACGGCAACCUCCGGCAUCAUUUCUGACACCUCAUGUAAGACGACCCCCCGUAGAAUAUACUGGAAGUUCAUUGAGAAAAUUUAAGCAAAUAUGGACAAAAGGUAAAGCGCCCGCUAAGAAUAUGGAAGAAAGUCGGCGUAAACCAGUGUUACCAACCGUGAGUCGGUACGAACCAGUGAUCCAAACCAUUGAAGUUAGAAGGGUAAAGGAGGAAAACGUCAAAGAGAAGGAGCCUAAGAAGUCGAAGAGGCGUAAAUUGUUCGAUCCUAGUGAUUUGAGUUACUUGGAUCGGGUCGAUAUGAAUUUGGACAGUUCGUUCGACUUAACUGGAAAAUAAUAGUUUGUUGUUAUUGUAUAUUGGUUUUAUAAUAAUUAAUGUCUUAGGUAAGAAAUAAAGUUAUUAUUAAAUUAUA